CCAGAGCCACCACUUUCUCCUCUGCAGCUUCAGCCCGCAGAGCAGCCUCCUCCUCCUCCUCAAUCCUCGUCACCAUGACGUUCCAGGUCUCCAGGUCCAUCGGCGGCGGGUCCUACAUGGGCAGCAGCAGCCGCUCCAUGUACGGGGCCAUCGGGGGUGCCCGGAUGAGGAUGUCCUCCGCCGGCUCCUCCAUGUCGGCGUUCGGCGGCGGCGGUGGCGGUGCUGGAGGAGGUGGAUCUGCCGGCUACAGCUACAGCUACAGCGUCGGAGGUGGAGGUGGAGGUGGAGCUGGAGGCGAAAGCAUCUCCGUCAGCGAGAAGGCCACCAUGCAGAACCUGAACGACCGCCUGGCCUCCUACCUGGAGAAGGUCGCCAAGCUGGAGGCGGCCAACGCCGAGCUGGAGAGGAAGAUCCGGGAGUUCCUGGAGAAGAAGUCCUCUCCGGCCGCCAGGGACUACAGCAGCUUCUUCGCCAUCAUCGUAGACCUGCAGGGAAAGAUCCAGGCUGCCACCUGCCUUCACGGUAGCAUCUACCUCUCCAUCGACAACGCUAAGCUAGCUGCAGACGACUUCAAGGUCAAGUACGAGAACGAGCUGGUCAUGCGUCAGUCGGUGGAGGGCGACAUCGCCGGGCUCCGGAAGGUUCUGGACGAGCUGACGAUGGCGAGGAGCGACCUGGAGAUGCAGAUCGAGGGCCUGAAGGAGGAGCUGAUCUACCUGAAGAGGAACCACGAGGAGGAGCUGCUAGCCGUGCGCGCCCAGAUGACCGGCGAGGUGAACGUGGAGGUGGACGCCGCUCCCGGACAGGACCUCUCAAAGAUCAUGGAGGAGAUGCGGGACCACUACGAGUCCGUCGCCACCAAGAACCGCAAAGACCUGGAGUCCUGGUACCAGACCAAGUCGGAGGGUCUCUCCAAGGAGGUGGUGUCCAGCACGGAGACGCUGCACUCGUCGCGGUCGGAGAUCACGGAGCUGAAGAGGACGCUGCAGGGUCUGGAGAUCGAGCUGCAGGCGCAGCUCAGCAUGAGGUCCGGCCUGGAGUCCACCCUGGGCGAGACCCAGGGCCGCUACGCCAUGCAGCUGCAGGGCUACCAGAGCCAGGUGGUGGCCCUGGAGCAGCAGCUGGUGCAGCUGAGGGCCGACCUGGAGCGGCAGGGCCAGGAGUACCAGAUACUGCUGGACCUCAAGACCCGGCUGGAGAUGGAGAUCGCCGAGUACCGGAGACUGCUGGACGGGGAGGGCAGCGUCAGCAUCUCCUCCUCCUCCGUCGCCUCCCGUUCCUCCCUCUCCACCUCCUCCGUCUCCACCUCCGCCGUCUCCACCUCAGCCGUCUCCUCCUCCGUCUCCACCUCCGUGACCGCCCCCGCCUCCGUCACCACCAAGAAGCAGAUCGUCAUCAUCGAGGAGGUGGUGGACGGGAAGGUGGUGAGCUCCUCCACGGAGGAGGUUGUCAUGUGAGCUCCAGCAGGGGGCGCUGUUGCAGGAAUAAACCCAAUAAAAGCUGUGAUGCUUCAGAGUUA